AUGAUGCGACCGGCUUUCCAAUUGGCUACGAUCCCCCGCCGAGCGAUACCGGCAUCGAGGCAGAGUGCAUGGGAAGCAGUGUGGAAGAAGCAACCUACCGCGCCGAGGAGAGCGCUCAAGACAGCAAGCCAGCGAACGUCGCGAUGGUCUCAAACCUACACUUCGAACUGGAUUGCCUCUCGUCUGGAAACUAUGUUUUCCUCGUCGCGCCGGACAUUUCGGUUCUCCGCCCGGCAGAGAAACGCAAAGGACGCCACGGCACAGGAGUCGCUUUCGCUGAGUCAAAGGCUAAAGAAACUUUCGAGGGAAUAUGGCUGGUCGGCUGUGGGCGUAUACCUGGCCUUGAGCGUUCUUGACUUCCCGUUUUGCUUCUUGCUUGUCAGGAUAGUCGGCACGGACAGGAUUGGACGACUUGAGCAUUGGAUCGUCUCUAAUGCCAAGAAAGUGAUCCCUGAUUCGGUCCAGAACCGGUGGUCCGAAUACCGGGCUGCACUGAGCAAGGCUGAAACCGAGCAGCUGGGAAGCGAUGAUAUCAGCGAGGCCGUCGAAAUGGCGGGUUGGGGGGUCGAGGAGGCCGAACGGCGCAACAAAGCAGAAGCCAGCCUGGGAACUCAGCUGGCGUUGGCCUACGCAAUCCACAAAAGUUUCAUCUUCCUCAGAGUGCCUCUGACCGCAGCGGUGACACCAAAGGUUGUCAAGGUGCUUAGGUCUUGGGGAUGGCAGAUCGGCAAACGGCGGAGUAAGUGA